GGAAAUAAGACGUAUUAUUAUGAUAGAAUUGGAUAUGAAUUAGGUCUACGUUAAUGUAGAUUAGUAUAAUUUAAAGAUAAAGUUGGCAUGAUGUGAUAAACGGAAAUGAGCUUAGAUUCAGGAAAAAUCAAUGUUCAUCUGGACAAGAAUGCAUCAAGUGACAGUGCAUUUUUCAGUGAUACUAGUGCUCUUCAAACACCUGCACAGCAAUUUGACUUUCCAAACUUCUGUGAGAAAAGUAACUGUGACGGAAUUCCUGAACCCAAAAAGAGGAAAAUAAGAAGAAAAUUAUUCAGUGGAACAGAAAAUCAAGAAAAUUAUCCAGUUUUUCAUAUAGAAUUACCUACUUUACCAAACAGCAGCAGCACUCCUAAGUCCAAAUUCCAUAGCACUACUAGUCCUUCUGUAGAAACAAAGAUUACUUCAACUUUGAAAUGUACUCCUGUGUGUGAAGGAACAAAAGACACCCCACUUAGCUCACGACGCCUUACUCCUUUGUCAGAACGUCAGCAAAUAGCCUUAUUGCUACAACUUACAGCUCCUGAAAAUCAGAGUGGUAGCUUCAGUCCAGCUACUCCUAGAAACAUCACAGAAAACUGUAAAGUGAAGAAAAAAACACACAAGAAGUCCCACCUGUACAAACAAAACGAGAAGGGGGAAACGCCCCUCCACAUUGCUGCAAAACGUGGCGAUGUGCGAAAAGUACGUUUUUUGAUACGUCAAGGAGCAGACAUCAACAUCAAAGAUUUUGCAGGUUGGAGUCCCCUUCACGAAGCUUGUAACCAUGGUUGGUAUGAUAUAGUGAGAACCUUGGUCAAUGCAGGUGCUGAUGUGAAUGCUUCAGGCUUUGGAGGAGAUACCCCUUUACAUGAUGCUGCAGUUAACAGCCAUUAUAAGAUUGUAGAAUUCCUGGUUCAUCAUGGUGCUAGUCUUCUACAAAAGAAUGCUAAAUGUAAAACGCCAGUAGAUGUAGCUAGAUCUGAUGAUACAAAACUUUUUCUAAAGGAGCACGUAAGCACUCCUAGGCGCUGUGGGAACACCUGCGGUGUUCGGCUCUUUGCAGUCUCAGCAGCCAGCAAGACGACCAGCACCUUGACCAGCAAGGCUGGCUCUGAGCUCUGUUCACCUACCAUGAGAAAAAAUUUACCCCAUAACCAGACACAAAAAGGUGCUGAAAAACCAACUUCCCCCCGGCUGACUCUUCGUUUCCAGUCUAUCAAGCCAAGAGAUGAUAAAAACCCUAACUGUGCUAAAGCACAAGAACUUAGUUCUGUACACCCACGAUAUCAGUCAUACUGUGUCACAAUGGAAGCAAGAGGUGAUGUUUAUGAAUUUGAUAAAGACGAUACUUCUGUGUCUUCAUCUCAUGUUGUGACAUCUGCAACAGACAAUGAUAAUCAAGACCAGAAGCUUGAUAUUGUGACAAGUAGUAGUAAAGAUGCAGAAGCUUCUGUUGAAAAAGAAUGUAAGAAAAGUGAAGCAGAGGCUAGCAUAGUUGAUGAAGUAAGACAAGAGAAUCCAGAGCUUGAACUCAUGGGAAAUCAGAAGGUUGGUGGAGGUCGAGGAAAUGUGCAUGACAGUGCAAAUGCUGAAUACGAGUUUAAUAGUGAUGAAGAUAAAGAAGAGACUAAACGAAAGAGGAGAAAAAGUUCUGAUAAUACAAAUUUAUCCAAACUUGUUGUAUCAUCCCAUGUUGGAUUGCAAAAGCAGCGAGGCCAUGGGGUCAAAACAUCUUUUCAGGAGGGGCUUUGUGAGCAGCAAAGUCCAAAGACUAGAAAAAUUGGUGGUGGCUCAAGCUCUGAUACAGAGAGUACACAAAGUGAUGGUGACAAUGAGGCUGAGCAGAAGUACCCAGCUUCAGAGCCUUUACCUGCUAUACCAAGAAACAUGAAUAUUUCCCCACCAGUUGGACCACACUCUCCUAAAGUACCACCAUUGAAAAUUGUUCUUCCUUCUGGAUCAGGAGGUUUAGAAAAUGACCAUAAAGAGAGAAGCAAAGUCUCUUCUUCUAAACAAGCCCUUCCAUACAUUGUUAAUACAUCUUCAGAAGGAGGGGAGAGUAAUUCUCCAGAGAGCACAUCUGGAAGCACCCAGCCUGAAAGUGCCACCAAAGAAAAUGGAAUGAAUUAUAAAGUGGAGUCAUCAACAUCUAAAGGAAAAGAAGAAGAAGAAAAGUGUCAUCGUGUAACACGAAGUAGCCAGAGAAUGCAGGCUGCCCAAUCUAAUGUCAGCUCAACACAGAACCAGAAUUUGGAGGCUAGUUGCCAUUCAUCGGUAGCAUCCACCAGUACCCAAAAGAGCGAAGCAUCAGGUGAAACCUCACCAGAUGAACAAGGUCAGCACACUCAAGUUGAUGUUCAUCCAAGAAAAAGGAAGCUUCGUCAUCGAGAUGGCCCAUCAGACUUAAGCAACCAACAACCAUCAGGUUCUGCUCCUAACCUUCAGGAUGAUCAACAAUCUCAUCAGAUGCUCAAUUCUUAUGAGAUGUACCUUAAUAUAAGAAAACAGGUUGAUAAGAGAAGAAAGGGAAUGAUGGUUGUGUACCCCAAGCCCCCUCAGGGGUACAAAGACUAUCUUAUCAACAGAUGUUCCUAUGUAUUGGAGGGUAAUGCAGCCAGCAGGUUGUCUGUACCAAUGAUUCCACCUCCGCAAAGUCUGUCUGGAUCCAUGAAGGAGUUGUUUGUGCACCAGGAAAAGGAACGUUAUAAACUCCGAUUGCAACACCUCAUAGAAAGAGAAAAACUUGUAUUAUCAGCAGAACAAGAAAUUCUGAGAGUUCAUGGUAGAGCUGCAAGAGCAAUGGUCAACCAGUCUGUUCCUCUUUCUGUAUGUUCUGUCCUGAAAGAUGAGGAAAUUUACAAUGUACUGGAUUCUGAACAUGAAGAUAAAGAUAAACAUGUACGUUCACGCUACAAUGGACGUCUGUUUUUAUCAUGGUUGCAAGAUGUUGAUGACAAAUGGGAAAAAAUUAAGGAAAACAUGCUGCUGCGCCACCACAAUGAAGCCGAAUCCUUACAUGCAGUCCAGAAGCUGGACUGGGAAUGGAAGAUGAAAGAACUUGCAAUGUGUGAUGUGAAGGCAUGUCCUGUAAUUGAUGAUAUUUAUGUACCCAUGGUCCAUGUAAGUGAUGAUUUUGAUGUUUUGCCAGCCUGAUCAAGAUGUGAUUUGUACUUACAGUGAUAUGAGGGAUCACUUGAGAAUUUUUUUUGGAUAAUACAAAAACUAUGGGAAUUUAUGUUUUAGAAAAGGGAGAUCCCUCCUUCAUCUUUAGAUGAAACGGGACAUUGUAUUGUGAUGAUAGCUUUAAAGAAGUUUGAUUAUUUAUCUCUCAAGUGAAAUAACAGGUGUACAUUCAGUUACAAUACUUAAAACUGAUUAUUGUGACAUUCAUGUGUAAUUGUGAGAUAAUUUCCAUCAAAUAUCAGAACUUUGCAGAAAUGUACUUCAAACAGGGUGACUCCUGUGCACAAGGAAACAUUCACUUAGCAUAUGUGAAUUCUGUAACAACUGUUGUGUAGUAUACUUGUAUCCUUUUAAAGAGUGUACAUCAGUUUGUUGUUAACUCGUAAUUAGUGUAUAAGUGCAUAAAACAUCUGUGUAUUAGUACAUGAAUAUGGGUUAAUAAUUUAAUGUUUAAUACAGAAAUAAAUAACAAGAAAUAUUGACUUUCAUAAAUGUAAAUGGUGUUUGAUAAAUAUAAUAAAAAUACAAAGAAGGAUGGUAACUAAAAGUAGAAUGUUGACAAUGGUUAUAUAUAAGUGUAGAAAAAUGUAGGUUGCUGGAUAUAGAAACAGAUAAUGUUGAUAAGGACAUAAAGAAACUGGGAAUAUUGGCUACUGGAUAGAGAAAUGGGGUAGUAACAAUUUUGUAAAGUAUACAGGGAAUUAUGAAAACUAUGAAGAUAGUGGGAAUGAUGAUAACUUUGCAAAGAAAUGGACUAUUUUAACAAUUGUAUUAGAAAUAUAAGCUCUAAGGCAUCUGAUGAGAAACAAAUCCGAUUUUUGUUGGUGGAAACAGCAUUUACAUAAUAAAGUGUUGAGACAAGAAUAGGUUUAUUAAAGACACAAAUGCAGAGUUGAUAUCUGUUGUAAAAGAACCAACUGAAACUGAAGUACAAGUGGAGGAAUCUUUCUAAGUUUAGUAAGGAGGUUUUUGGGAACUGUAAAAAAAGUAAAGGGUUAUUGUUAUAUAAUGAAGGUGGAGGAAUCUUGGCAACUGUGGGAAAGUGGAUAGUGUAGUGGGAACUUUAGAAUAGAUAAUACUGACAAUUAAUAUAGGUAAAGGAUAUUGUGGAACAUUAAACUACUUGGAAAGACUUACAGAAAACUGUUAAUUGUAGCAAAAAUACAAUAUAUUGUAAUAACUAUAGUGGUAAUACAAAAGUAUUGACAGGUUGGAAGUUAAAAGAAAUUAGUUACAACUGUCU